AUUAAACACCAGCAGAAGAAGAAACAUCCUGCAGAGUCAGACUGGUGUACGAUUAAAAAGCUGGAUGUUUAUCGCAUUAUCUUCAAUAAAUGACAUUGAAAUAUUGUUUCAAUAUUUUCACAUGUCAACAGCAUCAUUGUACUUAAACUAUUCAUCGACUGAGCGUUGGAGAGUUCAGCGUCUGAAUGAAUGAAGAGAGUUUGAUUAUCAGCUCUUCAUUGAACACUAACUAUCACAGCUGAUAAUGUUCACAGACAUGGACUAUGAGCUGGAAGAGGACAAACUUGGGAUUCCUACAGUUCCUGGAACAGUGACUCUGAAGAAAGACUCACAGAACCUGAUUGGGAUCAGUAUUGGGGGCGGCGCUCAGUUCUGCCCGUGUCUCUACAUCGUACAGGUGUUUGAUAACACCCCGGCCGCUCUGGACGGGACUCUGGCCGCGGGAGACGAGAUCACCGGAGUCAACGGCAAGCCUGUGAAAGGGAAGACUAAAGUGGAGGUGGCCAAGAUGAUCCAGACAGUGCAGGGUGAAGUCGUGAUCCAGUAUAAUAAACUGCAGGCCGACCCCAAGCAGGGCAAAUCUCUGGACAUCGUGCUGAAGAAGGUGAAGCAUCGUCUGGUGGAAAACAUGAGUUCAGGAACCGCAGACGCUCUGGGACUCAGCAGAGCCAUUCUGUGCAAUGACGGUCUGGUGAAGAGGCUGGAGGAGCUGGAGAAAACAGCUGAACUUUACAAAGGGUUGAUGGAGCACACGAAGAGACUCCUGAGAGCUUUCUAUGAGCUCUCACACACUCACAGAG